GAGGGAGCCCGUGAAAUGGCUGCGCAGGUCGCUGCGGUGCGCGCCGUGGCGCGGGCCCCCGAGGAGCCACCCCCGCUCCCCUCGGGCGAGCGGCCCGGCCGGCCCCGCGGCGGCGGCGGGCGGCGGCGGCGCAGUGGGACGGGCGAGGCGGCGGCGGGCGCCAAGCGGGCCCGGCUGAGCCAGCCGUUGCUGGCGGGGCCCGGCCCGGCGGAGCCGCUGCCCGCGCCCGCCCUGCCCGGCCUGCCCGCCGCCGGGCUCUUCACGUUCUCGCCGCUCAGCCUGCCGCCGCCCGCUGCGCUGGACGAGCGGCGCCACCACCACCACCGGCACCGCCCCGCCGUCGGCCCCGAGCCCGGCCGCCCCGCCGCCGGGCCGCCGCAGAAGGCGCGGCGGGGCAGCCCCGCCGACGGCGCGGCCGGGCGGCCCAGCAAGCGAGAAACUCCAGAUGAAAAUGGCAAAACCCAGCGAGCUGACGGUCUCAUUAUGAAGAAGAUAAAGAAAAAAAAGAAAAAGAAACACCGGGAAGAUGUGAGGGGAAAACGCCUAAAGAUGUACAACAAAGAAGUGCAGACGGUUUGUGCUGGGCUCACUCGCAUUGACCAAGAAAUCCUGACUCAAGGACAAUGUGAUAACUUGGAAAUGAACAAGGAAUCCUUCAGGUAUCUGAAGGAUGAGCAGCUCUGCAGACUGAAUUUGGGAAUGCAGGAAUAUCGAGUACCCCAGGGAGUACAGACACCAUUUGUGACUCACCAGGAGCAUUCUGUUCGCAGCAGCUUCUUGAAAACUGGCACUAAAUUUAGCAACUUCAUUCACGAAGAACAUCAGUCUAAUGGUGGCGCUCUGGUCCUUCAUGCUUACAUGGAUGAACUCUCAUUUUUGUCUCCAGUGGAGAUGGAGAGAUUUGCAGAAGAAUUUCUUGCUUUGUCAUUCAGUGAAAACGAUAAAAAUGCAGCUUACUAUGCUCUAGCCAUAGUACAUGGGGCAGCUGCUUAUUUACCAGACUUCCUGGAUUACUUUGCUUUUAACUUUCCUAAUACUCCAGUGAAAAUGGAAAUCUUGGGCAAGAAAGACAUUGAAACAACAACAAUUUCGAACUUUCACUCUCAGGUCAAUCGGACAUACUGCUGUGGAACAUACAGAGCAGGACCCAUGCGGCAGAUUAGUCUUGUUGGAGCAGUAGAUGAAGAAGUUGGGGACUACUUCCCAGAAUUUCUAGAUAUGUUGGAAGAAUCUCCAUUUCUGAGAAUGACUUUGCCCUGGGGUACUCUUUCUAGUCUCAGACUUCAGUGCAGGUCACAGAGUGAUGAUGGUCCCAUAAUGUGGGUGAGACCAGGAGAACAGAUGAUUCCGACAGCUGAUAUGCCAAAAUCACCAUUCAAACGGCGACGAUCAAUGAAUGAAAUAAAGAAUCUCCAGUACCUACCUCGGACCAGUGAGCCCCGUGAGGUUCUUUUUGAAGACAGAACAAGAGCUCACGCUGAUCAUGUGGGUCAAGGAUUUGACUGGCAGAGUACAGCUGCUGUAGGUGUUCUGAAGGCUGUACAAUUUGGGGAGUGGAGUGACCAGCCUCGUAUAACCAAAGAUGUGGUUUGUUUUCACGCUGAAGACUUCACUGAUGUUGUGCAGAGACUUCAGCUGGAUCUGCAUGAACCUCCAGUGUCACAGUGUGUUCAAUGGGUGGAUGAAGCCAAACUAAACCAAAUGAGACGGGAAGGCAUUCGCUAUGCUAGAAUUCAGUUGUGUGACAAUGACAUCUACUUCAUCCCUAGAAAUGUCAUUCAUCAAUUUAAAACUGUGUCAGCAGUCUGCAGUUUAGCAUGGCACAUAAGACUUAAACAAUAUCAUCCUGUGGAGGAGACUUCUCAAAACACAGAGGGCAAUUCAAGCUUGAACAAUAGUGGCAAGACAGAAUCGGAAGAUGAACCCCAAUGUGUGAGUAUAAAAAUAGAGUCUGAAGAACCAGGUAUAGAAAUGCAGUUUGCAACAGGCGUGCUCUCUUCCUCCUCCUCCUCCUCUGUUUCUUCAAUAUCAGGACUUGUGCAACCAGAACAGGUGGCCCGACCCCUUCCAGGUUUUAAAGUAGAGUCUGAUCAGCAACACAAUCCACAGGAUCAUACAGGCUCUUCUGUGUGAUAUGUAUAUAAUCAAACAUUUUUUAACAACUUUUUAAAGUUUUGAUGUGAAGUUAUAGUUUUAUAACUGGCUUAUGUUUUAUUGGAGAAAUCUUGCCUAUAAUUCUAUAAAGAAAGGUGACAUUCCAAAAUGUCAAGCAUAUCUUUUUUACACAGAUUAUGCAAAAUUCAAGUUGUAUUUUAACCCCUUAGUACAACCUGUAACAGUGGUCUACCACUUCUUUCUGUUUCAGUAAAGAGAUACUCAGUAUCUCCCCAAAGUCGGAAUGAAAUUCCUCCAGGAACAUAAAAUGAUUGAACUACAUUGGUCAGUGUUAUUUCCCUACUUUUACUUUAUCUCUGAUCUUCACCAUAAAGUGAUGGUUUUUUGUAGAAGACUUGCAAAGCGACUUUCCCAUCUCAUCUUAAUUGCUAAGAAAAAGAGGAAGCACAGCACUUUUGGUGAUUUGUAAUAUUUUUGGUAUGUCUGUUCUUCUUGACAACCUAAUUUAAAAGUUGUAUAGAAAUUGAUCUCAAUUUCUUACAGUCCGGCAAUGGUGAGCUGUAAAAUUAACUGAAGAAAGUGUCUGAUGUAGUGAUUUACUGACCUAACACUUUCUAUAGAACUACUUAUGCUGUUUGGCGUGAGGAUUUUGCUUCCAAAACACAUCUUCCCAGAACAUGAUUAAUUCUAGUGGCAAAAUUAGAGAAGCUAAUGGUAGUCUUGUGGAAGAAACUGCUAUCUUUGAGCACUUUAAGGCUUUAAAAUACUAACUAACUUGGCAGCUUGUUUUGACCAGGUCAUAGUAAAUGCCAAUGGAACCACACUUUCCCUGGUACUGAUGCACUUAAUAUAUUAGCAUUGAGUUGACGACUGACUUAUGCGAUAAGACUGUCCUUAUUUUAGGAAGUUCUGUGUUACUAUUUCACAAUAAAAUGUUAUGGCAUUGGACUGCUGUUUCCAUGUGUAGCUUUUGAGUGCCCAGGUACUGUGGAAAAUCAAUGGCACAUGCUAAAUAUGUAAUGUCAGCUAUCAACAGUUUUAAAAAGAAAAAAACUUUCAAUAUUUCUGAAUGUUAAUGUGUAAUCUGUAAUUGACUUUCACUCACCCCAUUUACAACUGUCCUUUCCAGUCAUCAAAAGGAAAAAUCCUGUCCUGUCCCUUCACCUCUAACACCCUCUGCACAUUUAGAGUACAAGUUGGGCUUUGGUGCAACUGAAGUUGCCUUCAGAUGAUAACUUUAUUUGUUCUAAUCCUCACUGGGGUAGGAAAGAUUUGAAACACUAUGUUAGACUAGACAAAAGCAAAGAUGCUGUGUUAGUUCUGGAUGCAUCUUUUUAAUAUCAAUUAUUACUCUUCUCUUUAUAAGGGUCUCUAAAAUAUGUUACUAUAUUAUAAAUCUUUGUGCAAUAUUGUUUGUGUAGACUUUUAUAUACAUAUUAGCACCUCAGUGUAGAGGUCACUAUUUUAAACUGAUAGAAGAAUAAUCAUCAGAAGAUACUGCAGUGAUUAGUUAGAACCUGUAUUACUCCUUAUGUAUAUGUAUGUAUUGUCUUCGGUACAAAAAUGAGGACUAGGAAAUAUUUCAAACUAAUUUGCAGAUUGAAGUGGUAGUGACUUGUUUAGUAAUCUGUGUAAAUAAGGUGUUAGAAUGGAAAGCUUUUAUGAUGAAAAGUAAUGUGAUUCACGCAGGGGUGUAAUUUAAUCUUAGCAGAAAUUCUAGAUGAUCAGGAUUGGCUCAGAAAUGAGCUGUCUGUUCUCUGGUGUUUCCCCGCUCCCCCUCUUCCUGACUCUGCCCUUCUACUUCUUAUGUUGAGAGGAAUUUCAUAGCUUUAAGGAUUGUGCAAAGUAAAAUUCCUCACAGGCAAUAGCGGUUUCAGUUCAUCCUUCAUACUCAAAGAUCGUAUUACACAACUAUGUUCUUUCCUUUUUACAAGUCUGCUAGUCUUCCAAGUGCCAGAUUCCCUUCUCACAUGUGCUAUUCUUUGGUCAUGUCACUAGAGGGAUGUCGGUAAGGUGACUUCUUUAACAGCAGCACUGUGUACAAUCACUCGGGAAUUGACAAGUCUGCGGAUCCUACAGUUCUGCCCAUGGAUCUUUAAAUAAGGAGAUUAAGAGCCACCACACAAGUUUCUCUGAAUUAUUUUAGAACUUGAAAUAGAAUGAAAAGGGAAUCAAUUUGGAAGCCUGCUGCAUAUUAUAAUAGCAUGUUUUUAAAUGGAUAAAGGAAGAUGACUAGAGUGGCUCAUGCUGCUUUUAAAGCUGUAGCUUCUUAUAGUUAAAUCUGUGACUACAGUAUCUGAAGUACUUGGAAAAUGCUAACUCCUCUUGGAUGGAAGCAGAUGACUGCUUCUAUCAUGCUCUCCUUAUAGUCACCUCAGUUAAUAACUUAAUAUCUAAUGUCAGAUUUAAAUGUAGAAACAUUGUAUCUUCAAAUUACUUGGAGGAUGAUGCUGAUACUAUUCCAGACUAUAUCUGUAAGAUUGAGGCUCCUCUGCCUCAGUCUGUUUAUAAACAGACUUUAUAAAAAGCUAUGACCUUAAAUACCUUAUCAACUUCGGUGUGCGUAAUCUGAAGUGAUACACUGCUUUUAAACUCCACCUUGGAUCUGGAUAUAAAACAUGGGAGGGAUUGAUUGUGAAGCUCAUAGUGAAACUCUACCCAGGGCUUCAAGAUUCCUUCAGCUGCACUAAAACUAGCAGAGUUAGAACACCUUGAUGUGAAAGAUUCAAAUGGUUUUGUGAGUAACCUGACAUACUGUUUCCAUAUGCUACAGCUCUCUUAAAAUGAAAUAAGUUCCAUCUGUGUAGUGUUUGCUGAGCCAAAACAAAUCUCUGGGUAAGUCCAAGUAAGUAUUUAGGAAAAUCUCUCUCGUAUUAAAUAGAUGGCUGUUAAAUGAAUUUCUCAUAUUUCAUAAAACAGGUUGCAUGUAGGGAUAAUCAAAUGUUGGCAAACUUCCUGUUUUAACAGUGCUCACUUUUAACAUGGAUAGACACAAAAGUUUAUAAAUAUCAAUGCACUGGUCAGUUACUGCAAACUGUCAUUUCUCCUUUUGAGGAUCUGCCCUCUGAUGUGUCUUAAAAAGAAAAGAAAAUUGGCAGUCUACAGUUGAUACCCAGGCAACACUCCUGCUUUAUGCUCAAGACAACUGCUAGUUGACCAGGAAUGUAGUGCUCUCUCUGUGAAGAGCAGUCAGCUUUGAGCUGGAACUCAGGCUUUGGAUUCUAUUUGAAAUAGUGGCGUUGCUGAGAACAGGUUUCACUUGGGAUAGGGUGAGUGGAUAAACGGUGCUGGGGACAAACUAAGGAUGAAAGAUCAGCUUUGCAUUCCUUUCUCCUUUAGGCAAGCUACCAGUCAUUUCUGAAGUGAUUUGAUUACCAUUGAGAAAUUUUGGAACCAGAUACCUGUCUCAUUACACUAUUCUCUUCCAGGAAGGUGUGACACUGAGUGACUGUUCUCAGGGGAUAUAUAGUUCAUGUUCUUCAUAGGUCUAGGUCUUACCAUGCGACUAAGGGCUCUGUACUGCACUCCGGUCAGUUUUCCUCCACGUUACGGUUUGGCCAGAGGAGCUAAUGCUGCUCAGCAGAACUUUUGUGGUGAACAUGAAUUCACGCCCUUCAUCGGGCACCUCCCACUUACAGACCUGAACUGAGUAAUAGCCCCCCAAAUUGUAAUUUCCUAGAAAUGCCAAGCAUUUGUAGCCAUAUGUUUGCUUAAGGGGUGCAAGAAAAAGAGGAAUAUUUGUCUUUACUCCCCAAAGUGACCUCUCUCACCUGAAAGCUUGUACUGUAUAUUCUUAUGUUGGUCCACUUAAAAAUCCCAAUGAUAUUUUGGCCUUCCACCAAAAUACACAGUAGUUUUUAG